UAUAUUUGAGACAAUUGUUCCGGUACAUUCGCGUCGGUUUCCGUUCUUAAUAGUAAAAGAGCACCAUUUGACAUUACCUAAAAUAUGUUAGGUAAUAAUAAUAUUUUUUCGAAGAAGUGGAUUGCAUUUGUUAUUACAACUGAUGUUAAAGUGUUUAAUAUAAAACAAUCUUCACGAUGACGUGUAUGUGCAGUGAAUCUAUUCUCAUGCAUCACAAAUACCAGAAGCUUCAAAUGUCACCCAGCUGUUCGAGUUUCGAAGUCCUGGAUCCACAUGAUCCUGUGAUCAGUCGGUUAGCCACACAGCUCUUUAAAAAAACAACUGACUACCUUCAGGCUGAAAUGGUUGCUGGACAGGAACACUACAUGCUGCUUGAGGAGAUCAACAGACUCGCGAUCACCAAGUACGCAGAUCUAAGGAGCCUAGCCGCGAACCUGAACAAGACCCUUAAUGAAUACAACGAGAUGUAUGCCCAGCAGAUCCAACCCCUACUCCAGCAGAUAGAUCAAAUCGAAGUCCAGGUAUCUAAAUUCGAAGUUAACGCUUACCGCCUCGACAGCUAUACGAAGCAAUUGAAGGCUCGUUUUAAGGAGCUUGAAGAGAAGUAAGGCGGUACCCGGCUGUCGUUAAAUGGGGGUCUAAAGCAUAGUUGUCCUGCUCGCACGCUUGAACUCACCCCGGUCCACGAAGAAAACUCGAUACAGCAAAAUCAUUGUCGGGUUCGAAAAUGCCGCGUUACGUUAAUACAAUUGAAUUCAAAAAUGAAUAAUUUCCCAAUUUAGCCUUUGCUCCUAGAUCGGCGUGCCUUGUCCAAUGAUGGUAUGGUAUGAUUAUUGGGGCGUUUAUAGCCUUUUAUUUGCUCGCGAUUUUAGAGAAAUUCGUUUUGAAAGAUAAACCAAAAAAGGGCUGUUUUAUCAACGUCAAAACACUUUUUACUGGUGGUAGGACCUCUUGUGAGUCCGUGCGGGUAGGUACCACCACCCUGCCUAUUUCUGCCGUGAAGUAGUAAUGCGUUUC